AACGGCACUGUCGCUAGAGCAACGAAGGACAACACGAAAAAAUGCAUUUAGUGGACAGGAGAUGUGACGAGAUGCUGUCAACAUGGUUACUCUACUUCUCUCUGUCUCUUUAUUUUUAUUUUGUGGGUGACCGUGAAGACGACUCACUCGCGCUGCUACUUCUGUAGUAAACGUAAACAUGGUAAAGUCUAGCUCGCAAUCUUUAGGAACUACCGUCUGAUGGCAUAGUGUUUUCAAUGUUUUAGCGCUCUUCAGUCCAGAUGUGAGGUCAAGAUGCCGGGGAAAAAGUCGAGCAAGGGCAAGGGAAAGAAGUCGUCGAAAGGGAAGGGCAAGAAAGGAAAGAAGGGGAAAGGAAAGAGCGAUGCUACGCCCGUGAAGCGGACACCUGAAGGCUUUCUCGCACCGGCUCCUGGCACUGCUGGUGCGGAGUCGCUGGGACUCUAUCGAGCCUACAUCAGCAGUUGUAAAGAAGUGCACAGUGAGGCUAUGGAUAGCGUUCUGGCGCCGCUCAGAGAGGCUGUCGAAGGAGGCAAAACCAUAAAUCGAUUUGUUUUCCAAGAUGAGAGUGUGGCUGGCAGUAUGACACUGCCGGGAAACACCACCGGAGGAGACAGCGAUGACGAAGACAAUUCGCCGGGUACAGCGCGCAAGUCGGCAGCAACACCAUCCAGGGCAGCUGCACUAGGUAGCGACAGUGAGGAUGGCAGCAGUGAGGACGAUGACGACGAUGAAGACGACGAUCCCGGAUUCGAGUCGGCAAUACCGAGGCGCGAGAAGGCGCUGUGGCCGUUUUUGCUGGCUCUGGAGCGUUCCGGCUGCAAGGAUAUCGAGCAUAUUCAUGCAUGGUUCUGUGACCUUACUGACCAAGCUAUUGCCAUACUGGGAAGACACGUCAACAAGUUUCUUGACCACCCAGAGCCGCUGAACAAACUGAAGACUCUGGACUUGGCGCACUGCACCAUAAGCGCAUGGUCUGCAAGCUUUCUCAGUCGGUCAAUUCCUUUGACACACUUGAAGGCACUAUGCUUGGACUAUGUACCAUUUGGACUGGAAGGCUGUGGGGCUCUUAGCGCUAGCCUUCGCGGUAACUUUACUCUGGAGAGCUUGAGCAUGGACAGCUGUGGACUGAGAGCAAAUUGCGGACGGCUUCUCGGACAAAUGCUACCAUACUCGGCACUCAAAGACCUAUCAUUGGAAGGCAACAGUUUGGAGUGCGAAGGUAUUCUCUUCUUGUUACAGCCGUUCAUGUGUCGCGUAAACGAGUACCUGGCCUACACAAAGGCGAAGAGAGAGUUGGAAGAUGCCGUUUCCGCACACCGCUUGGAGCAAGAAACUCGGCGGCAGGGAGUGUUCCGGUCCCCAUCACACGGCCAACCUGAGCAGAGCGAAGAGCCACCGGCUGAGUGUGAGCUUGCGUUGCAGCGCUUCUCGUUCAAGGUACCACCGCCCCCAAUGCCUAUGCUCAGUCGUAUCGUGAUUUCCGGCAACUCGGCAGACUGCUACGGCAAAGCUGGCAAACAGGGACCCGCUAUCAUGAUGGAAGUCGUAACAAUGAUGGUGGAAGGCUGGGAGCCUCUUGCGGAGCUUCAUUUCCACAACAAUCGCUUUGGCGACUAUCCCGCCUUUCAACUCCUGGAAGGUCUGGAGAGGCGCAAGCAAGCUGGUCACAAGGACAUUUACGUGACAGUGACUCCGUACAUCCAGAUUGACACCUUGAAAGCCAUCAAGAGGUUGUCAGCCAAGCCACCGGGCGGCAAGAAGAAGAAAAAGAAGGGCAGAGGCAAGGCCAAAGGCAAAGCCAAAGGCAAGAAAAAGAAGAAGAAGAAAUAGUCUUGAGCACAUCCUGGCAGAGUGGCAACUCCAUAAUAGCGAGCGGUAGUAGCAUGAAGCACAAGUUGUUCUACUGGCAUCUCAUCAUGGCGGCUUUCUGAAACCAUGUGAGCGGCU